AUGGCUUUCCGCGCUUCUCUCCGUGCGUCCGCUCCUUGCUCCAAGCUGAGCUCGUCAGCAUCAGCGCCUCUGCGAGUUCAGAGAGUAGCCGCACCUCGCUCUUUCGCCCUCUCUCGAACGUACGCUUCGGGUCCCACCGGUGGCGCUGUGAGUACAUGAUGUCUCGAGUCGCAUCUACGAGGGCGCAUUGUUGCUUCUCUUCUUCAUCGAACCGCUUCGCUUCGAGCAUGUGCUGCUCCCUGUAUGGCGAGAAGCAAGAGCUGCAAACUGUGCUCGCUGGCUGAACACGGACUGCUCCGCUCUUGAUUGCAGCUCGACUGACGCUGCCCUCGCUCCUCUGACCUUCCGCAGCACCCUCCUCCCGAUCAAGGCGGAUCACGUUCGAAGGGAACCUCUACCGCCCUUAUCGCUUCGCUAGCUGUUCUAGUCACUGCGGGCGGUGCAUUCGCUCUGCUGGGCGGCGAUGACAAGUUUGCAGCGCUCGGCAUCGGCUCCACCGGUGCAAACAAGCUGAGCGGCAGCAAGGCCAAACUUGGAAGCCCUGGUUUGGCGGCACACAAGGAUGACUACCAAAAAGUCUACAAUGCUAUCGCUGAGAAGCUUGAACACGACCCGGAAUACGAUGAUGGUCACUUUGGACCUGUCCUCGUUCGUCUCGCUUGGCAUGCCAGCGGCACAUACGACAAAAAUACUGGCAACGGCGGCAGCAACGGCGCUACGAUGCGUUUCGCCCCCGAGGCGGACCACGGAGCAAACGCUGGUCUGAUCCACGCCCGAUCCUUCUACGACUCUAUCCACUCCAAAUUUCCUUGGAUCACCUACAGUGAUCUGUGGACGCUUGGCGGUAUUGUCGCAGUCCAAGAAAUGGGCGGUCCCACGAUUCCUUGGAGACCCGGCCGCAAGGAUGGCGCUGCUGAGAACUGCACGCCUGAUGGUCGUCUGCCAGACGGGGACAAGGGCUCUGACCACUUGCGCCACAUCUUCUACAAGAUGGGAUUCAAUGAUCAAGAGAUCGUCGCUCUUUCUGGUGCCCACGCUCUGGGAAGAUGCCACAAGGACAGGUCAGGCUUUGAUGGACCAUGGACUUUCUCUCCCACCACUUUCAGCAACGCCUACUACCAACUGCUGUUGGAUGAAAAGUGGAACUUGCGCAAGUGGGAUGGUCCUAUCCAAUACCAAGACAAAAACACAAAGACCCUCAUGAUGCUCACUACCGACAUGGCUCUUACCACGGACAAGUCCUUCAAACCUCACGUGCAGCGAUACGCCAAGUCGGAGGAGGAAUUCUUCAAGGACUUCUCAAAGGCGUACGCCAAGCUACUCGAAUUGGGUGUCCCUGCCACCAGCUGGCAGUCGGGCGAGCACCUCACUGACGGCAAGCAUCUGACUCUCAAGACCACUUCUGACCAAGGCCUCGACAAGUAG